CUAGUUUCUAACAUUGUACUUUUAAUGACUUAGAAACCAUUUAACAUAUGAAUAAUAGCUAAAACGCAAAAUGAAAUUUUGCACCAACAUAACAAAGCGGCAGACCAGUGGGUUAUUCCCAGAUGCAAUGAAGCGGUAAAUACUUCCUUGUAAAGAAGAAUUGAAAAGUUUGAACCGGGAAGCUUGGACGCGUGCCAACUACAGGUAGAAAUGUUUUCUCCGAAUUCAUGCAACAUAACGAAGGGUACCGGUGCCCGUGAUGUGUUAGAAGUUAAAAGUGCCUACUUAGGUCUUAUCACGACGGUGUGUGAAAGCCAACAAACAGGAAUUUUUAUUUUCUUGAAUACACCUCGAACAGAAGGAUUUUUAGAGGCCGGUGGAUUGUGUAAAUUUUUACCAGGCAAGUUAUGGCUUACUGUAGACUUGUCUUGCUUGGACUCUUUUCCAUGUUUUGGGCAACAUGUCCAUGCUUCGAACACUUUUCAUUCGCGCCCAAAGGAGAGAAUUUGGGAUCGUUCACUCAUUGGACCUUGACAGAGGACGCUAUAUUGAAGGUGGUAGCACGCUUUUUCGAGUCUGAUCCUAAUGUUCCAGACGGAGAGCUACAGAACUUGCAGCCCUUGUCAGCAGAACUGCUAUUUCACGAAUAUUACGUGAAGUAUUUAAAUGACACACAGGUAAAACCUGACAAAUUUCGAGAAGCUAUGAAGCAAAUCGUCCAGGUCAACGCCCUGCAGGACAUUAGCUACCCAGAAGAUGCAGCCAUCCAUAUGAGAAACGAAAGAAUAAAAGAAGGUCAUAAAUGGAUCGUUAAACUCAGAAAAAGACUCUUAGAAACAUUGGCGGAGGACAAACCUAAUUAUGACGCUGCACGGGACUGGCUGGGUGAAAUUUUCCACACCCUUCAAGAUUUCUACAGCAAUACCAAUUGGAUAGAACUUAAUUCCGAGGAGGAGUUUUAUAGUAAUUUAGGUAAGCAAAAUUCCGGCACUAUUGUUAUGAUCAUGUUGUGUUGA